AUAGAUUCUUACCAUCAUUCAUUCAUUCAUUUAUAUAAAUACACAGAGACACAAACACACGAAACUCACAUUUCAUCAGACUCACUGACAAAGAAAACAGAGAAUUCUAAAAAGAUUCUUAAUUUCGCUAGUGAUUUUGUUAAGUGAAUGCAGAGAUGAUGAUGGAAGAGAAACUCGUGAUCAACGAACUGGAACAAGGGAGAGAGCUUGCGAAACGAUUGAUGAGCAAUCUCAAACACACUUCUUCAAUUGAAUCCAGCAAAACCCUGAUCUCUGAAAUCCUCCGUAUUUACCAGAAUGCCAUUUUCAUGUUGAGCGUCAACGAAGACGACAAGAACAUCAUCCUUAAGCGAACCCGUGAGAUCGAUAACAAGGAUUCUAAAAACGUGUCUAAAAAGAGGAAAAUAUCGGAGGAGAAGAAGACCGAGAAAGUUAAGGUUUUUGUCGGAGCAGGACAAGAAAAGGGUUCUUCUAUUGAUGAUGGUUGGUGCUGGAGAAAAUACGGGCAAAAAGAGAUUCACGGAUCCAUAAAUCCUAGAGGAUAUUUCAGAUGCACGCAUCGGUUCACGCAGAACUGUUUAGCAGUGAAGCAAGUCCAGAAAUCAGACACAGAUCCUACGAUUUUCGAAGUGAAGUAUCUCGGAGAGCACACUUGUAACAAUUCAUCUCCGAAGACGACGACCACGAAGUUCUCUGUUUCAAUGCUCGAGGAAGAAAACAGAGCACACGUUACAGAGCAGCCAGAAGACAUCAAACCGAAGAAAACCGAAGAAGUGAUGAUAAGUCUUGAAGAUCUGGAGGACAAGAAGAACAUUUUCAGAACGUUUUCUUUCUCUAACCAUGAGAUUGAGAAUGUAGGUGGGUGGAAAAGUAACAUCUUCCCGGAAACUUUGAUGGAGAAUCUGUCUCCUGCAACAUCAGGGUCUGGAAUUACCAGCGAGAUUGUAGCUGCUCCUGCUUCUGUUGAGAAUUCGGAAACCGCAGAUUCGUAUUUCUCGUCUUUGGACAAUAUUAUAGAUUUUGGACAGGAUUGGUUGUGGUCGUAGCUUAUUAUAAUUGGUGGAUGUAAUGUAUCUUAUGGUAAAGUAGUGGUGAGUGUAAUUUUAGUGUUAGGUUAUUUUUGCCGAUGAAUAAAGGCUUUUUAAGUAUAUUAUUUUUGCCUUCUUUUGAUCAGUCAGGUUUGUGAAUUCCAUAUAAAGAAAGGUUUCUUAAGGUUUGUUUACACGUUGGCAGCUUUUGGAAUCGUGGGAUUAUGUUUAAAUU